CUGUUAGAGCGGUGAUCUCCGCGGCCUUUGAAGGAGGUCCUCGUCGAAGCAAAACAAAAAUAAUUUAAAAAAAGGAUUUAUUUUGGAAUUAGGACCGAAAAGGAAUAUAAUUCGAACAUGGUGGUGGUAGCAGCGGCCGGGGGCGCCCACAAAUUGCUCCUGAUCUCCGGGAAACAGAGCGGCGGUUCUUCGCCGGCGAACUUCGGGAGGCCCAUCUCGGUCGUCCUGCCGUCCGCCUGCAGUCAGGCGUCCUCGGACUCGGAGUCCAGCAGCUCCGCGGGGCCGCCGGUCCGGAAAAGGCAGCGGCUCACACACUUGAGUCCCGAGGAGAAAGCACUUCGAAGGAAACUCAAGAACAGAGUCGCGGCCCAGACUGCCAGAGACAGAAAAAAGGCCAAAAUGGGGGAACUGGAACAGCAGGUCCUGGAGUUAGAGCUGGAGAACCAGAAACUGCACAUAGAAAACCGGCUUCUACGGGAAAAGACGGGCGGCUUGCUGAGCGAAAACGACGAGCUAAAGCAGAGACUCGGGUUACACACCCUGGAGUCCAAAGAGAAGGUUCAGGUGUUGGCGUCCGGCGGAAACGACGCAGGUUUAGGAAUCGGGUCUUCUGAGUCCGCAGCACUCAGGCUACGUGUGUCCGCAGCAGGUGCAGGCCCAGCAGUUCCUAAAUCUGAAGACUUCCCAAUGGAUACAGAUGGCCCUGACACUACAGACCAUGAGUCUGAUCUGCUCCUGGGCAUUCUGGACAUCCUUGACCCGGAGCUCUUCCUCAAGACCUGCGAGCAGGAGUGCCAGGAGUCGCAGGUGCUGCUGGUCGGAGGGGGGCACCCAGUACCUGCCGCCGCACCUGCACCUCUGGGGGCCCCAUCAGUUAAGCUGGAGGCCCUUAAUGGACUGAUCCAUUUCGACCACAUCUACACGAAAGUGGCCAGCGAGGAGAGCGACCACAACGGCGUGGCUUCCUUCCCCGUCGCUGAGGUGGUGGUGGUGGAGGAGGAGGAGGAGGAGGAGGAAGAAGAGAGCCUCUGCGUAAAAGAUGAGCCAGAGGAAGUGGUCAUCCCCAGCCAGACCGACAACUUCCUUUGCGCCGCCUCCUCCUCGCCCGCCCUCAGCGGCCUGGACAAGGAAGCCUGCCUGGCGGACACCUACAGCGACUCUGGCUACGACAGAUCCCCCUCCCCUUUCAGCGACAUGUCCUCGCCGCUGUGCUCCCAGAGCCCGUGGGACGACAUGUUCGCCAACGAACUCUUUCCCCAGCUCAUUAGCGUCUGAACCACACUUCCCGUGAAUACAUGUAAGAGCUAGCAUGUAGCGCCGAGCUAAUCAGUAAGCGUCACCUGCUCCUAAACACGAGAUGUCCUUCCUCCUACAGCAGGUCUGUACCGCCGGCCACGCCGCAGGGACUCCUGUGCGUCUGCCACGUGGCUUCAUUACUGCCCAGGAUUUGACAAGUAUUGCAUUGGUGCAAUCCAGUAUUUCACUCAAUUGUAAAGGGGGAUUUUUUUGGGGGGGGGGGAAUCAUUUUUAAAUAUGAAAUAUUUAUUUGUUAUUCUGCUUCCGGGUCGCUGUAUGUCCGCAUGUAUGGAAACUUGCUUCUAUAUGUUGAUCGCUCUCCUUGUAGUCUAAUUUACUGCAUUAAAAAACUUUUGCAUUGCA